CGCGUGUAUCUGACGUCAUCAAUAAGCGCGAGACUGGAGCAGCAUGAGCCGAUGUGUUGGGAUCACGUCUGUGGAUCAUCAGUGUUACGCAAAUAAAUCAUAUAAUCAUGCCGAUGAAGGGAAGAUUCCCCAUACGGAGGACGCUGGAGUAUCUGCAGAAAGGAGAAAUUGUGUUUAAAAAAUCUGUGAAGAUUAUGACUGUCAAUUACAACACGCAUGGAGAUCUGAGUGAAGGAGCAAGGAAGUUUGUGUUCUUCAACAUUCCUCAAAUCCAGUACAAAAACCCCUGGGUUCAAAUAAUGAUGUUUAAAAACACGACGCCAUCCCCUUUCCUGCGGUUUUACCUCGAUGAUGGAGAGCAAGUGCUGGUGGAUGUAGAAGGAAAGCAUCAUCAAGAAAUCACACACCAUGUGAAGAAGAUCCUUGGCAAGCCGGCUCAAGUUCUCGAAGCUGAAGCUCUGGCUAAGAUGGAGUUGUCAAACCCCGCUAACUUCGGAAACAAGAAAUAUUUCCUGCGGGAGUGUAUGAGUGAAGUGGACGGUCAAGUUCCUCAUCCCGGUCUUGUCCCGCUUCCCAAAGAGAUGAGGGGCAAAUACAGGGCCAAACUGGCUGCGACAUCCGACGGCUAAUAACCGCUACAGUGACAAACGCUUUGGACUCUGGAAGAAAAAUCUUAAUUAAACUAACGUGUUAUUGGUGAGUGAACGUGAUUUUGUAAGUUUAACCCAUUA